AUGACCUCAAAUCCGACCGUCGAAGCCUAUGGCCGACUGUGGGCUAAGCAUCUCGCCUCAAAAAGAGACAUGACUACUGCAGCUGGCAUGAAAGAUGCCGAGUUGCUGUUUACGCGUCGACCUUCUUCGAGUGCAGUCUUUACUUUUGACGGCCCGAUUCCUGUUGUCAUGGAGCCGCAGGUUACUUUCUUCCAUGGCACCGCGAAUGCCAGAACGACAAACCUAAUCACAGCCAAGCUUGACCUCGAACCCCCACGGCUUCCUGCGCCACGCCCUUGGGACUACUGUCUCUUUGGCUCCGCUUUACCACGCUUUCGCGGCAGAGACAUCUACAAACGAGCCGGCGUCCUGGCUCAAAGCCCCUCCAGCAACCCGGAAUACAAAGCCGUCGAGCGCGAGCUUUCCAGGAUCCAGAGCGGCCCGCGCAAGCGUGCGCGGUCUCUGAACUUCUUCCAACAUCAAAUCGACUCCGAAGACAGCCUCCUUUGGAACUUGCCAGCACUCGAUGCUUUUAUCAGAAAGACGGAUCGGCUCCAUAUCUUGGAAGAUGCUCGCAACACCGUCUUCCAAUAUUAUGUUGAGCUACACCAGCAGGACCUGCCAGUUCCUAAGCUCAUCGAGCAUCAUACUUGGCACGGCUCGAUAGACAUUGAGAAAAUGACGAUAAUACCCCGGAAACGUCGCUACAACAGCGAUCCCAUCCUGCGCUAUGAGGAAGCCCAGUUUGAGAAUGUUAGGAGCACAAAUGUUGGCCCUAACAAGAGGCCCAACUCCGAAGAAUCCGGUCGCCACAUUAGAGGCUGCCGCCGCGCUCCCAGACUUUCGACCGUCGACGAAUGCACAGAACCUUCCGAGUCCCCACGUCGGGAUAUUGCCACUCCUCCCAAAUCUCUCAUCCACCGCCUGUCAUCUGCAGGCCACCGCACUAGGAUUUCGCCAUGGAGAUUCACUUUUAUAAGUCCUUCUCAAGCCACCAUUGACGGAGACGGAACACCUUCCAAAGCCCCCACCACCUAUGACUAUGGCUCGCCUGUGUCUACCAAGCGUCUAUCGCCGAUGCGAGCUGCAGCUAUGCUACGCACGCCUGAUUGCUUCUCCGCGUCUCCUAUUGCCGCUGCCCGCCUUGAGCAACAGUCGUCUCCAGUUAUAUUCAAGAAGCCAAUACAUGCGAUAGAUCAUGCGACACCCACGCACCUAGCCUCGCCCGACACUCAUCGUAUCUCAACCCCCACAAAGAAGCACCGGGGUAGACGUCGCUCAUCGCUCACUGCAAAUCGUCUCCUUGCUAUAUCGGAGAUUACUCAUAGUUCUCUGUUUUCUCCUUCCUGUUCCACCACGGGUGAAACUGCUCCUGUUGAAGUCUCGGAAAGAAACGUUCCUCUUGUUGAUGCUACCACCGAUCACGAGUCUACUACUCAGGACAGCUCAUCUUCUCUUGGGACGGAUGCGCUGGCGGCUUUUGCCGAAUCAGAGGCUCCCGUCGAAACUCAGAUGCAGGUCCCUGCCGAUACCAGCCCCGCUGCUGAAGUCGUGGCUCUUAUCGAGACACCUCAAGUCCACAAGGAAUCUGAGCUCCCUGAUCAUAAGAUUGUCAAGCAUGUAGAAUCGAAGCAGAAUGAUUCCGGAGCUGUCGAGCCUAAUGCUGUCAAGGGUAACUUGAUUGCGACUUCACCAUCUACUCCCGAAGCCGAGUCCGCCGUUCCCGCCACUAACAACUUCGAUAUGGUCGAUGUUGAUCUCCGCAAGAAUCUGGAUAUAUUCGGUUGUUCUCGCGAGGCGUCUACUCAUUCUCCUCCCUCAGAUUCACCUGUCAGCCCAUCCUUCAAGACUGGCAAUGACGAUACGCUGGGUCAAUCCUCCAAACCUGAUGACCUUGACGAAGUUGAUGUCGAAAACUUGGAUGAAUACUAUGACGACGACGACGACAUGACGAAUGCUAUUAAUCACGAACAAAUCAACGACACCAUCGCUCUCAACCUUCCGGACAUGCCAGUUGAUGUACACCCGAAUGCAGAAGACGACAUAACGAUGAAGGAGCAAGUGCAGCCAGUCUCCAACACGGAUCAUCGUCAAAAAGAGGAGGAUGAACAUCGUGCAGACCUCCAUAGCUUCAUGGAACGCGUGAGGGCUGGAAAAGGUGACUCUGCUGUCAAGGCCAAGCGUCGAUCAGGGUCGCUUGGAACAUCUGCUUCAGGCUCCCCCGUCCGACGUUCAGAGCCAGAAAGCGGUGACGAGAGCGGCUCGAAACGACAGCCUUUGCGGGAGAAGAGCUCUAACAUGUCUCCGAGCCCAACCAAGAAGCGCAAGCCUGUCGAGGAUCAGAUCAGCAGCGGCCUCCUUCAGGCGCCAUCGUUGGAGGAUCACUCGCCUCCAAAGCCCAAGCGUCGCCGAAAGAACGCCGAGACCGAAUCCGACGGCAUCCUGAACCCAGAGUUCCAGCCAGGAGACGCCCAGCCGCCGCGUCGCAGCACGCGCACCAGACGCAAUCUCUUGCCGCCGGCCCCAUCGGCCAAUGGCUUCGCCAUGAGCAAGCUGCCCAUCAUUUGCAGCAUAGCCAGAGAAGAUGGUGGAUUUGGGGGCAGUCCAAGCAGCGCCAGCAUUCGCAAUGACGACCGCCAGCUUCAGGCCACAACGCGAGCCAACACCCGUCGUAACAAGGCCGGGGCUCUCCAUGCCAGUGACGUGCUUAACCUGCAGGCGAAGCGAAAGCUCUCUGGUGACGAUGACGACGAAGGCGAGGACAAGGCGGCGGCCACGAACAAGAGGGCCAAAACCACCAAAUCGGGCAGUGCUAAGAGCGUCCGUUGGGGUACGCCUCUGGCUAGCUACCAGGAGCCACCUGCUGCUGUUGCGCUCAUUAGCACUUCGGAGUCGGCCGACGAGCUCGCCGCGAAUGAUGAUGAUGAUGAUGAUGAUGAAGAUGAUGAUGAUGGAGCCAUUCCGGCUUCUUUUCCUGGUCCUGCUGCUCAUUUGACGACGGCCCCCGUCACCAGGCGACGCACUGCGUCUCGCCUGCCUCCGCCGACACCGAUCAAAAAGCCCACCGGCACGGCCGCUGGCAAAGUUAAAAAGCCGAGCAGCUUGGUUGCACCCAGAAGAACGUCGGCUCAAUUGGCCGCGGCUUCGGCGGCCAAGGAGGAGGCAGCAUGCAUUGCCGCUGCAAUGACGGCAGAUGCGAAAAGAGAGGAGAAGAAGAAGACCUCGACGAGGUCACGGAUUGGUGCUCCCGCUGCGACGGCCACCGGCGCGACCACUAGGAGGAGAGCCGCACGGGUGGCGUGA